CUCUCGCUAGCCCAAUCUCUUCCUCCUUGCUUCCCUCAAGUGCCCUUGUUCUUUCUCUCAACCUUGCCACGCAGGCUAUUUAAGGCAUGUCAAGCAACAAGGAUGAGCUCGAGACACCACUUCUCAUGCCGGAGGAGGAGGAAGGUCCAACGGCACGGUUGCUGGACCAAGGAUCAGCGGACCCGACACCACGUCCACGGCUCCCGCCACCCAAGUUUGGGGAGGUCAUCACGGUGUUGAGCAUUAACAGCGGCGGGAUGCACGGGCUCAUCCCCACGGUCGUCCUCAAAUGCCUCGAGGAAAAGCUCCAAGCUAUUGACAGGGAAGAUGCCCGAAUAGCGGACUACUUCGACGUGAUUGCGGGCAUGAGCGCGGGCUCCAUGAUCGCGACAAUGUUGGUGUCGCCAAACACGAACAAACGGACAAAGUACACCCCUCAGGAAAUCCAGGAUUUCUAUGUCAAGAACGGACCUAAUAUCUUCCCUUCCAAGAGGUGGUGGCGGCGGCCGCUGGACCUGCUAAUCGCAUCGCGUGGGCCAAAGUACGACAGAACGUUCCUGCAGAAAAACAAGAUCAAGGAAGUCACGAGUGAGCGCACCCUGAGCAAGCUCGUGGCGCCUAUGUUCGACGCCAAUAUUCUCGAGCCUCUCAUCUUCUCCUCGUUCCAGGAUGCCGUGCAAGAACUAGUUGAAGAGGCCGGACCAGACAUGCCGAAUGUCUGCAUUGGCCCGCCGGCGACGGCCAUGCCAACCUACUUCCCAGCGCACUACUUCGAUAUCUGGGUCAGUGACAUGGAGCCGGCGAAAUACCACCUCAUCGACGGCGGCAACAACCCCACAAUGGCUGCCAUAUCCAAGAUCACCAGGGAGCAACUUCUCAAGAAUCCGGAGUUCCACCCCAGCGGCAUGGAUUAUAUGAAAUACCUCGUUAUCUCUGUAGGCGCAUGGUGUGCAGUGCACGAAAAUGUGCCAGCCAAGCAGGGCGCCUUCAACUGGUUUCACAGCAGGCGCAAUAGCCACAGCCCGGUCACUGACACCUCCUCGCAUGCCAGCGCCGUGUUGGCCGACUGGCAGGUUCGCAUGCUCUUACACAAUGGCAACCGCGUGCGGAAGCAGAACUACCUCUACAUCCAGGCUCUGGCACCAUUGUUCGGGGAGGCCAUUUUGCCAAUGGACAACGCGACGUCAAAGAACAUGGCUGACCUGCUCGACAUUGGCUACAAGUUGCUGGCCGAGAAGGUGGCUAUGGUGGACUUGACCACGGGGAAGUACGAGACCGUCGAGGACGAGAAUGCACCCACCAAUGAUGCAGAGCUCCAGCGCUUCUCCGAGCUUCUAGUCGCCGAGCGCAAUCUGCGCCUUAAGGAACAACAACGACAACGACAAGGAGAAGAACAAAAUGGGGUUCAUUUGCUUAACAUUAUUGAAUAAUCAAUAAUAUAUGGUUGUCGAUCCACCAACUCAUGACCCUUAUCAGGGAAUCUUGAUCAUUGACCAAGCCAACCAAGCAAAAGUUUGUUAUGACUCAAUUAGGAGAAGUAAACUAUGAUGAGAAGAUCAGAAGGAAACAUAUCUUUAUGUGCCAGCAAGGGUACAUGGACGAGGGGUGCGCGAGGAGACCCGAUUGCCCUCUCAGGUUCGGUGGCCACCGUGGAUGUGGAUGGGGCGGCUCUGCUAAGGGCGACGCUCCUCCUCGAGUGGCCAACCUCCCAUAUCAUGCAACCACAAGUAUGAUAGGGUGUUGCUAAUUGAUCUUAUCAUAUGAUCAUUGUGUUCUCCCUUUUGCAACGCACGGACACAUUUGCUAGUAAUCAAUAAUUUAUGGUUGUACAUAUCAAUCAUUGCAAAGACCGAGGGUUGGUUUCCCUCUUACAUUAACAAGUAGUUUAGCUACUAUCAUGUUUACAAUACUAGCUAGCUCAUUGCAGAUGUCAGCCAGAUGUAUCAUUGACCGGAAUGCGAUGAGGACGUCCGGCCAGCACUGACACGGGGCCAAUAUCCUUUUUUUUAGAUUAAGAGUCGGGAUGAUAGUGCAUAACGAUGCAAAUGGUACCAAAAUAGAUUGAUGAGGACAAUUAAUAUCUCAUUUUUCUUAAGACGGCACAACAUUGUCUUAUUAUAGACCAGGUCCUAAAGUGUUUCGAUACGGCACGGAGCAGUGGUGGGCGGCG